AUGGCGACUUGCGACUCCGUUAAAAAGCACAGCUUGGCCGAAAACCCAGGAAAAGUCAUCAUCAAGUUUAGAGUCGGUACCGCCGAUGCUAAAGAGAUCUUUCACAUCCACAAAGCCAUCUUGGAGAGAUGCACCACUAAAUUCAACGGUGAUAUGCGUUCUUCAUUAGCUAGUGGAAAGCCUGUCGUUAUUGGCAACGUCUGCGCUCAUGUCUUCCGUCAAUUUCGAAAAUAUCUAUACAAUGGUACGGUCGACAAAGCACCUUCCAAAGCUACAUUCAAGGUCAAUUAUCCCAUCAACAUAAACCCUGAACGUUACGAAAAGGACCUGCAGAUCGAAUAUGAACGUGGUGUUAGCGAACUCGCCUGCUUUUAUAAGUUUGCGGAGGACCAUGAUAUUUCCGAUCUGAUGAACACGAUCGCCGACGCUCUUCAAGAUUCGGUGUAUGAAAGUGGCGCUGGCUUGAGCGCGUUUAUGAAUGAUCACAUUAUUGCGAAGAGCAAUAAAGGCUCCAAGCUUCGCGAGAUGUGUGUCGCAUCGGAUGUCCUAACGCUAAUCGAUAAUUGCUCUCAGCACCGUCAACGACUCAUGCUGAUGUGCAUCACAGUUCCUGACUAUUUCGAAAUGAUGAUGAAGUGGAUGAGCGGCAACUUCAACCUCAUGGGCCGCCACUAUGAGGCAAAGUUCCAUCCGAAUAAGAAUCUGGAGGGGUUUUCAGUCUUCAAUCGUGCAAAAGUCUGCCCUUGUUUGUUUCACGUUCAUGCCAAACCAACCGAAGCACACCCAGGACACAAGGAUUGCCCAGUUGCAUCUGCCGGAUGUGGUCAUCGGAAGUCUGAGAUGAACAAUUCCAUUAUUGAUCCAAUCAUCCGAGUCAUGUCUGCUCAUUUUGGAAACGGACCUGACGGUGAGAGCGACAGUGACGUUGAUAUGUCAUCCCACCACUGA